CCCUUUUCACCUCUCUCCCAUCCUUUCCUUCCCACUCCCCUCUUCUUCCCCUUCCCCCGACCAUCUCCAGGACAGCCUACGCUACACCCCGCAAUCCAUAAUAUCUCGCUCGGCACCUUGCAUCACAACAACUUUUCCUGAUUGACGACGCGCUCGACCCAUACGACGACCCAUGCUACCGACCCUUUCAUUGCUGGCCGCAUGGCUGGCCUCAUCUACAACACCGGCAUCAGCCGCGUCCUCGCUAGCAGGUACCUUCGCUGACGGCGGCAACACCCUCGUCAGCGCCAUGAUGAUGUUCCUCGGGAAUGACGAGAAGGUCUACAUCCUCGACAAAGUCGAGGGCAACGCUGCGCAGAUCAACGGCCACCCCGCCUGGGCCUCCAUCUACGACAUCGCCUCCCGCAAAGCGACCGCGAUGGACGUCACCACCAACGCCUUCUGCUCCUCGGGCAUGCACCUCCCCAACGGCUCCUUCGUCACCUUUGGCGGCAACGGCGCCAUCGGGCCCGGCGGCAACAUCGGCUCCCUCCGGAACAACGCCGGCUCGGGCGCGUGGGACGACACCUACAUGGACGUCGACGGCACCAAGUCGAUCCGGAUACUGAACCCCUGCUCCUCCGCGACGAUCAACGCCGAUCAGACCGUGCUGAACGGGAACGCGAGCUGUGGCUGGUACGAUGACCCAAACGUGUUGAGCAUGCAGAGCCAGCGAUGGUACUCGACCGCCGAGGCGCUCGCGGACGGCUCGAUCGUGAUCAUCGGUGGAUUCGUCAACGGCGGGUACAUCAACCGGAACUAUCCCAACACCGACCCCGCGUUCGAGGGCGGCGCGGCGAACCCUACGUACGAGUUCUUCCCGAGCAGGGGUCAAGAACAGCAGAUGAAUUUCAUGGUCGCCACCUCCGGUCUCAACGCGUACCCGCACUCUUUCCUGAUGCCGUCGGGCAAGAUGUUGGUCCAGGCCAACUUCUCUACCGUGCUAUGGGACUACGACCAGAACCAAGAGACGCCGCUGCCCGACAUGCCGGGCAAGGUCAUCCGCGUGUACCCCGCCUCAGGCGCUACCGCCAUGCUCCCCCUCACGCCCGCAAACAACUACACCCCGACCGUGAUCUUUUGCGGCGGCUCGGACAUGCCCGACUACGCGUGGGGCAACUACUCCUGGCCGUUCAUAGACACCUGGGACUACCCCGCGUCUAAGGACUGCCAGCGGAUCACGCCCGAGCAGGCCGACGGAACGUUCAACACAGACGUCGCUUACGAGCAGGACGACGACAUGAUCGAGGGCAGGACUAUGGGCCAGUUCAUCAUCCUCCCCACCGGCAAACUCAUGGUCUUCAACGGCGGCGUGAACGGCACCGCGGGCUACUCUACCCAGACGCUCGUCACCACCUCUUACUCGGAGAUGCCUUUCGGCAUGUCGCUCGCGUCCGGCCCCGUCGGCACACCCGCGCUCUACGACCCCGACGCACCCAAGGGCUCGCGGUGGACGAACGAAGGAUUCGACACGUCCAACAUCCCGCGCCUGUACCACUCCUCCGCGCUCCUCCUCCCCGACGCCUCCGUCCUCAUCGCCGGCUCGAACCCGAACGUCGACGUCAACACCUCCACCGUCUUCCCGACGACCUACCAAGCCGAGAUCUUCUACCCGCCCUACUUCGCCGCGUCCACGCGCCCUUCCCCGUCCGGCAUGCCCACCACGCUCUCCUACGGCGGCGCCGCGUUCGAUAUCACCGUCCCCGCCUCGUCCUACUCGGGCGCCGCGAACGACGCGGCGGACAACACGACCGUCGCGCUCGUCCGCCCGGGCUGGACGACGCACGGGAUGAACAUGGGCCAGCGCUACCUGCAGCUCAACAACACCUACACCGUCAACUCGGACGGCUCGAUCACGCUCCACGUCGCGCAGGUCCCGCCGAACCCGAACCUGUUCACGCCCGGCCCGGCGCUGCUGUUCGUGACCGUGAACGGGAUCCCGAGCAACGGCACGAGCGUGCUCGUCGGCUCGGGCAGCGUCGGCGCGCAGCCGACCGCGGCGCAGGCGGUGCUGCCCGCGAGCGUCCGGCUGGACUCGGCGUCGGGGACCGCGUCCGGCUCGUCGACGUCGUCCGGGUCCGGGUCCGGGUCGGGCACGACCGAGGGGGGGUCGCACACGGGCGCGAUCAUCGGCGGGAUCGUCGCGGGCGUCGCCGCCGUCGGUGUCCUCGGCGCGAUCAUCGGGAUCUGCGUCGCGCGGAGACGGCGCGCGGCGCGCGCGGCGACCUCGGCGCCGGCGUACGCGAUGUCGUCGGCGGCGGCGCCGACGUCGGUGCCGAUGGGACCGGGGAUGAGCGGGAAGUAUGGGGGAUUGAGGACGAGCGAUAGCAGCGCGUUUGUGCCGCUGCAGGGGAACGUGAGCACGGCGAGUUUGGGGGGGCCGUAUAGGGACGAGGAUCCGUAUGCGACGCCGAGGCCGAGUAGUGUCGGCAGUGGGGCACCGUUGUAUCAGCAGCAGCACCAGCAGCACCAGGGGCAGGGGUACGAUUCGUACUACGAAUCGCGGAGGUGAUCGUUGUUCGGGUUGCGUUGCAUAGACUCUGUGGUGUGGUGGAGGGGAGGGGGGUGCUGGCGCGCCUCCCCCCGUCGGUGGUAACAUAGUACGGUAUCUGACUGAUAAAAGGACAGCUUAGUAGCUUACGGACCUUUGGAUACGCAGCUCUCUCUCUCUCUCUUUGCAUCACUUCUUUUGUGUUCACUAUCGUUCGUUUACGGUCACGAUGAGUUUGGAUGCAUAUCACAUAUCGUACCCUUGGUGUCUCGCUCAGGCUGUGGCGCCGCUGUAUCCUCAGCGUCCUGCUUACAGCCUUGUCGCUCGCAAAAGCUUCGGAUGAACAUGGAACCGC